AUGCCCGAAUCGGCCGGCAGGUGGCGCCCAGCGGUGGGCUGCACCCCCGCGCGGUCUGGGCCAGGUAGACUGGAAGGGGCGGAGGUAACCGGGAGCGGGCAGCGGAGGCCGCCCGGCGUCCCCCACCCGCUCCACGCCGCGCUCGCUACACGCGUGCGGGGAAGAGGACGCGGCCAGCUGCCUUCCGAGCUCCGGCGCCGCCGCUGCUUCUCCACCAGGAUGUGCUGUGGGCUGGGGACCAGUGGAAAGGACCCUCGACAGGAAACGCGCCCCGGGAUUGCUCGACUUCUUUCCCGGCCAGUCGCGCUCGCGCUUCCCACACCUCGCGGGCGCCCGCGGGACCUGUUGGGCAGGGGCCGGAGAACCCCUUUCGUCCCCUUCUCCCCGCGGGGAGUAGGGAGGGGACGCGACGACUCCUGCGGUACACGGUGGGUUCGCGUCCUGCACCCCGAAUCCCGGACUGAGCGCAGCGCGCGCCGAGGGGCUGGCUCCGCGGAGACCCCGGGUCUCCCGGAUGCCAGGGGUUUGCAGCGCGGAGAUCUGCCUUCUGAGGCAGAGUGCGUUAUCCGCCGGCUGAUCUUCGCAGCUUGA